AUGGGUUUUAUUUAUUUUUACACUAGCAGUGGUGGAGACAACGGUAGUUAUGUGAAAAAUGAUGUUGUAGUAGAGGAUGUUCAACAGUUACCUCAGGCUCAAAAGUUGGUCGAACAGAAGGUUGAUACUAAGAAAUGGGAGCUUUAUGGUAAGGGAUUGUAGGCUAAAAGUUGUUUUUUAAAAAUGGAGUAUGAAAUUUUCAAGUUUGGACAUAUUAUACGAUGAAAGGUGUUCAGGAAUUUUUAUGUUUUGAAUAUGUUUCGUUGUAUAGAAUGGUUGCAUUGUUGUCAAAGUUGAUGCACUAGCUUAUUUUACUUCUAUUUUAUGUUACUUAGGUUGGGUGACAUGUUAUACGAUGAAAUAUGUAUAAACAAAAAUUUUUAUUUGGACAGGUUUCAUCGUAUAAUAUGCCCAAAAUACGGUUUUUAAAAUUUUUAAGCAUACGUUAACUUACAGAUGGCCAAGACCCAUUUCAAGACUAUAGGAGUUUACCUAAAAAGGAUUGGGAAGAUCAUACACGAGUUCAAGCAGACGCUCAAAGGUCCGGUCCUGGUGAACAAUCGGUACCAAUUUCAAUACCAAAUGAAUCCGAAGAUAGUAAAAACAAUAGAGUAAGUUAAAUGUACUGUUUUUAUUUAAUGUUUGGUUUUAAAACGAAUUUUUAAACAUAAAAUACGAGGUUUUUUUUGGGACAUGUUUUAUCGUAUAACAUGUCUCUUUUUGUAAAAGAAAUGUGAAAUUUCAAAUUUUUGUUGAAAAAAAUGUAAAAUACGAAUUAGUAACAGUCAAAUUCAGAAAAAAAUAUUUUUGGAAAACGGCUUUGACGCUGUAUAUAGUGAUAUGAUAUCGUUGGAUCGAGCUGUACGAGACCUUCGCCAUCAUCAAUGUAAAGACCUGAAAUACGUCAAUAAGCAACCAACUGUGUCAGUGAUUGUGCCAUAUCAUAAUGAAGUGAGUUUUAAGGUUUUAACGUUAAAAAAAUUUCUUUUUGGUUUGGACAUGUUCCAUCGGAUAACAUGUCAUUAAAAUGGCGUUUUGGUGGAAAUAAGGCAUAAAAUGGGUUUAUGUUGACUUAUAUUGAUGGUAUAAAGUAUAAAAAUGAUUUUACAGCACAAUACGACGCUGCUAAGAACGGUGCAUUCGAUCCUAAACAAAUCACCAAAAGAUGUUCUCCAUGAGAUAAUAUUGGUCGAUGAUGACAGUGAUAGAGAGUAUUUACUGGCUCCAUUGGACAAAUAUUUGAAAGACAGAGGCUUGGAUAAGCUUGUGAAGGUAGUGAGGCCAGGGUAAGGUUUUGGAAUUUUGAAAUUUGGUUGAUUUUAGAGAAGUGUGGACAUCUUAUACGAUGAAAGAUGUCUGAGCGGAGAUUUUGAUAAUUUUAAAGAAUGAUUAUCUAAAUCAGGUUUAAAACUGUUUUUUAUUAGAUUUUUAUUUAAUUUAGCAAACGACACGGUCUAAUUCGAGCACGACAGAUCGGCGCACAGCACGCUACGGGCGAAAUCCUGGUCUUCUUGGAUUCACAUUCAGAAGCCAUGCCCAAUUGGAUUCCGCCUCUAGUAGAACCAAUUGUUCUUGAUUAUAAGUAAGAUUUUGGAUUUUGAAGGUUGAGAUUCGUACUAUUUUUGUAAAAGGGACAUGUUAUACGAUGGAACAUGUUCUAUUGUAUAACUUGUCUCUGAAAUAAAAAUAAGGCAAAAGUAAGAUAGCUAUGGUUUUUUUAAUGCUAUUAGAGCAUAGUUUGACAUUUUUAAAAAUUCUAGUUUACUAAGUGACAUCUUAUGCGAUGAAACAGGUUCACAUGUUUGAUCGUAUAACAUGUCGCCAAAGAACGACUGGAACAAAAAAUAAACCAAAAAUGAUUGAUAAUGUUAUUCUACGUUAUUUCAAGUAUAAUAGCAUACAAUUCCAGAACAGUAGUAUGCCCAUUCAUCGACGUCAUCGAUUGCAACAACUUUGACAUCCGACCUCAAGAUCAAGGUAUGCGAGGCUCAUUCGCAUGGAACUUCGACUACAAACGUCUACCAUUGAGGCCAAAAGACCAGAAAGUACCAACCGACCCAUUCGAUAGUCCAGUCAUGGCCGGAGGCUAUUUCGCCAUUAGCGCCAAAUGGUUUUGGGAACUGGGCGGAUACGACGAGAAGUUGGACAUUUGGGGAGGGGAACAGUACGAAUUGAGCUUUAAGGUGGGUUUUAAGGUUCUGGGAGGUUGAUAUUUGGGGUAAAAAUAAGUUUUUUGAAAAUGAAAAGUUUUAAAAAAAUUUUUUUUAUAAUUUUUUAAGAUUUUUUGAAAAAUUUGAUUUUUGGAUUGUUUUAGAGGGUAUGAAGGUUUACUUUGGUGAUAUUUUACCUAAAAUUGCAUUUUUAAAAAUAAAUUUUUUUUUUUAAAUUAAAAAAUUUUUUUUUGAAAUUUGAAAUUUUUCAAAAAAACUCAAAUUUUUCCCAAUUCCAGGUAUGGCAAUGCCACGGCCGAAUGGUCGACGCACCCUGCUCCCGCGUUGGCCACAUUUAUCGCUGCAAACGGCACGGCGAAGCCACACCCUUUGGGUUUGGCGACUACCUGUCACGCAACUAUCGCCGCGUCGCUGAAGUGUGGAUGGACGAGUAUAAACAACACCUGUUCAAACGCCGACCAGGCAUAGCCAACGCCGAACCCGGUGACAUGACUAAAAUGAAGGGCAUACGGGAUAAGUUACAGUGCAAAUCAUUCGACUGGUUCAUGAAGAAUGUGGCGGACGAUCAGGACUUUUACUACCCGGCGGUGGAGCCAGAACCAAGUGCUAAUGGUAGGAUGAUUGUGGGACUGAUGCUUUGUGUUUUGGUUAUAAUAUUGGCUGUUUGUGGUUUCUUUUGGAGGGUGAAGUUAAGCUGGAAAUAAAGGUUAAAUUAGGGACGAAAGAAGUCUGGAAUAAAACUGAUGAUCAAGAUUUAGAUGAAGGUUAAACAAGGUGAUAGUUUAGGUUUAAAUAGGCUUAGAAAAAAUCUUUAAAUUAAGCUCACACAAGCCAAAAAAAUUAGCGUGUAGUAGGCUUAAAUACUACCUUUAAAUGAAGCCUAAACAAGACGGAAAUUCAGGUUUAAUUAGGCUUAGGAACAAUUUUUAAAUUAAGCCUAAAUAGCAAGGUUAAAAUACUUUUUAAAGUAGCUUUUAAAUUAAACCUUAAUAAGCUUCAAGAUUAGGUUUUAAAAUAAAUCCAAAAACUUGAAAAUUGCGUUUAAAAUAGGCUUAACAUAGCCCUUAAAUCAAGCUUAUUGAACUUGGAAAAAAAUGUUUAAAUAUGCUUGUAAUCAACACUUUAAAUAAGCCAAAACAAGUUGCAAAUUAAGGGUUAAACGGCUUUUAAAACUUCAUAAAUUAAGCCUAAAGAUUCUGAGAAGAAAGCUUUAAUUUAAGCCUAAAUAAGCCUAUUUAAAAGGUUUGAAGCACUUACCCUUACCUCUGCUUCUACCUCUAACCCUACCGUUAGGCCUAUCCUUAACCCUACCCUUACUCCUGCCUCUACUUCUACUACUACCUCUACUUCUUUUCCUUACUUCUACCUCUAUUCCUACUCCUACCCAUCUACCGCUACUCCAGCUCUAGUUUUUUGUCUUAACCUCAGAAAAGUCUGCGAAAAAAUUAAUGGAUUCACCUAAAAAUUUCAAUUUUCAGGAACAGUGAAAAACAUUGGCAAUGGCAAAUGCCUGGACGCCAAAUUCCACAACGACGGCGAGGGCGUAGUGAUCGGCGACUGUGGCUUUGGAGAACAAUCCUGGAAGCUGACCAACUACCUCGACCUUCGAACUAGCGAAAAAUGCCUUGACAUACCCAAAAACCAAGAAAAAGCACCGGUCGUUAUCUACCACUGCCACAUGGGCAAAGGCAAUCAGAUGUUCAGGUACCUGCCAGCGACGAAACAGAUCAAACAUCCCGUGACUGGACUGUGCCUGGACUCAGAUGCCUCCAAAAGUGAAGUCUUUGCCAGCUCAUGUGACACGACCGUAUUAACUCAGAAAUGGCAGUUCGAAAACUUGAAUACGAGACUGCUGAAGGAGAGAUACGAGAAGGACAAGGAUUUGUAA